AUGACAAUUAGGAAGAAUCUCACUACGUGUAUUCACGACGCCCAACAAGAAGCAUUGAAGGAAGAGAACCUUAAAGCUGAACUUCUCCGGGGUAUGGAGAAACAGUUGGUGCCAAACGAGGAAGGAACCUUAUACUUUAUGGGACACAUCUGGGUUCCGCUCUUUGGCGAGGCUCGUGGUCGACAGAAAAGCUAUGCUGACCGAAGACGGAAACCGUUAGCUUUCGAUGAAGGAGACAUGGUUCUGUUGAAAGUCUCGCCUUGGAAGGGUGUAGCGAGGUUCGGGAAACGUGGAAAGUUGAAUCCACGAUAUAUUUUUCCAUUCAAAAUUUUGGAGAAAAUUGGUACCGUGGAGUACAAAUUGGAGUUACCGGAGGAACUAAAUGGUGUACACGAUACGUUCCACAUGUCAAACCUCAAAAAGAGUCCAACUCAAGAGACCGUUGUCAUCCCUACGGAUGAGGUUCAUAUUGACGACAAGCUCCGAUUCACAGAAGAACCUGUUGAGGUGAUGGACUGGAAGGUCCAGAAUACGAGGAGAAGUCGCAUUAAACUGGUUAAAGUACGUUGGAACUCUAAACACGUACCUGAGUAUACUUGGGAACGCGAGGACCAGUUCAAAGCUAAGUACCGCCACUUGUUCCAGGAAGAUCCUGAGAGAGAUAACUCAGCAUGA